AUGUUUUCAUCAGCGGCAAAGCCCACAGGGCGGCAACCACGUAAAUGGACCGUGGCGGAAGACCAGAAAUUGCGUGAGGAAGUAGAAGCUCAAAGUAACCGUACAGUGAUCGAGGGCGAAGUCAAAGACUGGUGCAGAAUUGCUGCAAAGCUUCCCGGAAGAACAAACAAAGAUUGCCGCAAGAGGUGGCAUAACUCCGUUGCUGGAGGUCUCAAAAAGGGGCAGUGGUCGAAGAGCGAAGACAUCCAACUUGCAAGAGGCGUCCAGCAGUACGGUCAAAGAUGGACACUCGUCGCGAACGUCGUAGGAUCGCGUAGCGCAGACCAAUGCGCGAAACGAUGGCAACAGUCGCUCGAUCCGGAGCUCGACCGGAGCGAAUGGCGGGACGCAGAGGACAAGGUGCUCAUCGAAGCCGUCCAAAAGCUUGGUCGGCAUUGGAAGGACAUCCAACGUCACCAUUUUCCAGGGCGGUCUAAGAAUUGUAUCAAAAACCGCUACACGGUUCUCAUCCGGCGGUACCAAAACCAGGGCAUCACACUGCCUCAACCAGCGGCCACACCUGAGCCGAACACGUCCAAUGUGUCCAGUUAUUCGGCCACCGAUGACGACAGCAUGUCCUACACCUCAAGCGUAUACGACGAUCUACUUCCCACGCACACUCAGGUCUCCACGCCCGAAACGCAGCACUCCUGGCCAGUCGAUGAGGAAGCUUUUACCGGAUGGUCGUCCCAGGAGUCAUUUAACAUCACCUCGACCGCACCGGAUUUCUCUUGCGUCCAACAGCCGAUAACCUCGAACGUCACUCAUAGUCCGCAGUGGAGCUGGACGACAACUUCGAUGAGCCAACCUGCGAUGAUGAACAUCGCACCACCGCACGCCUAUUCCAACGCCAUGGACUCCGCUACUCUCGCCUCAUACGAUGCUUACGGCUCAAUACCAGCAAUGCUUAGUCCGAAUUCGACUCGUUUCCCAAGGGCGCCUACAAGCUCACCGAGAGCGAGAGCAUGUACAACGCCGCCAUACCAGGACCCACAGGCUAUGGCCAGGUUCAUGAGAUAUGGCAUACAGCGUGACCCUCCAUAUCAGUAUUAA